UAGAGGAACAUCCUAAUCCUAAUCCAGGCAGGCCCGCAGGCAGGCAGGCAGGAUCCGGACUCGAACCAAACCUGUUGUCUUCCGACCCUGAUUCCUUCCACAAAGGGAAAGACCAUCGGCUCUCGCUCCUCAUGGGCGUCCAGCGUCUGCUGGGGCUGAGGAUGGCAUCGCACUCGUGCCCCCGCACCGCCGCUGUGGCGCCGCGUGCCUCGCGCCCGCUGUCCUCUCUCCUCCUCGCCUCCUCGCCGGCCGCCGCGCGCCCUCGGCCCGCGCCCCUCCCGUGCAGGGGCCGCGCGGCGGGACGGAGGUUGCCCGGCGUGUCGGCGAUGUCGUCGUCGACCCCGCCGCCAGGGCCCGUGCACAAGUCGGAGGAGGAGUGGCAGGCCAUCCUCACGCCGGAGCAGUUCAACAUCCUCCGCCUCAAGGGCACAGAGUAUCCCGGAACGGGUGAAUAUGACAAGUUUUUUGAUGACGGCAUUUAUAAAUGUGCUGGAUGUGGAACUCCCUUAUACAAAUCAUCUACAAAGUUCAACUCAGGGUGUGGCUGGCCUGCAUUCUAUGAGGGACUUCCUGGGGCCAUAAGCCAGACGCCGGACCCCGAUGGGAGGCGGACAGAGAUCACAUGUGCUGCCUGUGGAGGACAUUUGGGGCAUAUAUUCAAAGGGGAAGGGUUUAAAACGCCUACCAACGAGCGACAUUGUGUCAACAGCAUUUCUCUCAAGUUCAUUCCAGCCUCAGAGGAAGCUUGACAGCAGAUGAACACCAACGUGAAACCCGACAACAGAAUGAGAGCUUGGCCUUUGUUGGGUGUUUUUACAGUGUAGACAGAUGAAGGUUGUUGUUCUGCCGUUUAUCAUUAUGUUUACUCAUCCUUUAAACGACAUACCAUCUUGUUUAUGAAAGCUUAAUAGAUUUUGUGCAGACAAGCUUGAACGAAGUUUUGCCUGAAUUUUUGUCAUUUCA